AAACAAUAUGGUGGUUCUAUUGAUUGUUGAUGUGUGAGACAAGCAACUGUUGCUAUCGGUGAAAAAAAAAUACCUUUCUAUUUUAAACUUCGAAACCAACUUAUAAUCACAAAUUUAUCAAAAUAAUAUAUACCAAUUUUAGAGGGAAAAAAUCAAAUUUUUGGAACGAAGUUGUUUCUUAAGUAACUUCGUUAUUAAUCUUCGCAAGAAACGUCCUAGCAAUGUAAUUAAUUUCUUUAAAUGUUGUUAAUUUUCAACUGAGUGUGAAGAGAUGGCUGCACCAGCUGCAGAUGAUCGAACCGAAUUUUCUACGAUGGAAGAGAAACUUGACAGUUCAGGUGAACUGGUGAAGAGAAUCAAACAAUUAUUCAUUUGUUUGGAACCAUACAUCCAUGAUGCUAGAUCUCUUCAACAAGUUGAAGAAACACUACGACACCUUGAGGAAUAUAACGAUAACUUCCACAGGCUUGGUUUUGUGAAGCAGCUAAGAAGACAGGUAGAAAGCAUUCUUGGUCCAUUGAUAGAUGAAGAGAUAGACAAACAUUCUUCAGAAAUCUCCUUGAAUAGUACCACCAAAGAAGAAGGACUGACACUGGUUGAAAGAAUUACAGAUACCAUAAUUAAUUCAAAGCUCCAUAAAGAAUUUCACAGCAAGUUAAAAGUGAGCUUUUUAAAAGCAUUGGAUAUUCUUCAGAAAAAUUUUGAUUCUGAAUUUGGAGUGAAUAAAUCCAAGAACACUGAGUGUAUUGAACCCUACAGCACCCAGGAAGAUAUUUCUGAUGAAGAAGGAUCUUGUGCAACAUCAUUUAACCAGAGCAGCCUGAUGUUUGUGUGUCACGAAAAGCUGUUAAGUCUUACAAACAAUUUGGUAAAAACAAAGAGUUUAGCAUGCCGCCGGGAAGCUAUGCGAGCAUUGAAGCAAGUAUCGAUGGCAGCUGAUAUAAUUGGCAGUGAUCACUGGUCCUUAAUCAGGCAGCACUUGUUUGAUGUGCUCUGUGAAACUGAUGAACAACUAUCAGCUCUCAGCUUAAAGUUCAUUUCACAUGCUUUCAACAAUAUGAACCCUCACACUAAAGAAAUUUACAACUUACUUGUGGAGUCUUUGAUAUUCCAAAUUCUAUCACAUGAGGAUCAUCCAUCGAUAUCACUACAAAAUGGUUUAAAUGUCAUGGCACCAGAAAUGGUAAAAAUUUUUAAAAUGUUUCGUUUAAUGCACAAGUUUCAACUGGAGGUUCCAAAAUACUGGAUGCGAUAUUCUGAAAAAUUUCUCACUGAAGUCUUAGAAAGUAGCCUCAAGUUAAUUUGUUGCAGCAAGACCAGCAAUGCCAGUAGCCAAACAUCAUUAGAAGCUUUGCAUUUAUUUGCUUUGUUUGACUAUAAAGCAACAUGGUUUUCAAAGUGGAUGCAUGGUGUUUGCAGCCGGGCUCCUUUGCUGAAACUCUUAGAAACUUACCAAUACUUGGUUGAAAAUUCAGUUAGAUAUGUGUUAAACUUUAUUGAAACCAAGCAAAACCAGAAGACAUUAACUCAGUGCCAUCGUCACACAUUUCUGUCAGACUCCUCAAGAUCUCUAUAUUACUCUUCUGACCAACUACAAUAUGCUGUAAUGGUUCAUUCAAUGUCUGUUCUUGGCUGUCUCCUUUUAUUCAAAGCUGGCCGGCAGUUGUUUCCAGUUCAUAUGUUGGACAUGCUCAUUUCUGUCAAUGUAACUCAACUUCUCCUGUUCAUGUGUAAUUUCAUUGUCACACCUAUAUUUCCUUCAGAUAUAUCUCAUUGUGAGUUAGUUGAUCCAGCCCAGCUUGCCACAAACAUCUUCAGGAACCUUGCCAGCAAAGAGGAUGCCUGUGCUGCAUGUCUCUGUAAAAAUGCCGUUACAGAAAGACUUAUCUCACCAAUAUCCCAGUGGCUCAUUUACUACAAGGCCAAUAAUCAACCUCAAGAUAUUAAUGAAGUUACAGUGGUACAAACAGCAAAUAUACUCUGCGAAAUGACUUUGACUUCCUGUGGAAGGAAACAUCUUUUAUAUGGAGAAGAUCAAGAUCUGACAAUAAAGUCAAGGACUGCUGUUGCUCAUCAACUUGCUCAGUUUACUGAGAUUUGCUUGAUGAAUUCAGGAAAUGAAAAAUUUAAUUGGCCAUCUCAGAAGACAGUUGCAGAAACUUUAUAUGUGUGUCGCCUACUGUACAAUACUUGUGAAGGUUUACAUAUCCUACAGAAUUAUCAGCUCCACAACUGCAUAAAAUAUGCCUGGAUUGAGGCCUCUCUUGAAGCUGAGAAUUCUAAGACACCAAUACCAGAAGAAGAUGACAAAGAAAAAGAUACUUUAAAAAGCAACUCAAAAAGCUGUUGGCAGUUGGUUCUUGAAGACAGCUUACUUAGUUUUGCCAAUACUGCUCGAGGUGUUGCUCUCAUCACAAAGGUUGAAGUUAUCGAUAAAUGUGUAGCCAACAUGAAUGAACGUUUUCAGAAACAGCUUCAAGUCAGCAAAUUUGAAAGGUUUGGCUAUGGCACAAUGGUCAGUAAACUUGCUGCAGCUGCACCUGGAAUAACAGCUCUAAAUAAUACAGGAUUUAUCAAGAAUCUCUUAGAAGACACUUGGACAACAUUGGAGUGUGGCACAUCUGAUAUACCACCCACAACCCCUAAACAGUGGAGCACUGAUGUCAUUGACAGAACUAGUCACAAGAAAUUGCGUAACCUAAUUUCAUUGUUGUUUUGCACGGUACCUACUUUUGAAUUGUUGGCUGGAGAAAAGCUUCCAAAAAAGGAUCAAUAUGAUUUCCGGGAAAUCCCAACAACAAUAGCUGAGCUCAUUGAUCGAAUAGUUCUAAUUGACAGUUCAGCAAAAAUUCAUUCAUUAUUCAACUACGAUGAAUCCCAUAUUUUUGGAUUACGUUUUUUAAGUGAUCUCAUCUAUUCUUUGGAUAUCUGCCUCUUGUUGCAAGCUCAGUACCAAUUCCAAGAACUGCUCCUUAAAGCCCAAGAACAACACACUUCACAUAACAGCAGUACCAUCAUCAUAGACAUGAUAUCACUUGAGAGAAAUUACAUUCUUGUCCAAUCAUAUCUUGUUGGUGGACCAACCGAACGCCAGUUACCUCCUCGAACUCUUCAACAGGAUUCAGAUAAUGUUUACUCUUAUCCUUUGUUUUCAAAAUAUCCUGUCCCAGAUGUAUACACACUUCCCAUAACUAAGUCAACCCAGUUAAAAGAUGAUCCUGACUUGCUAAAAUUAUUGCCCUGCCAAGAUGGUCCACCUUCUAUGGAAUGGUUGACUGAAAUGCAGGAAGUAUUUUGCAAUAUUCUCUCUGCUAAACCUCAACAUACACAGCAGACUGUGAACCAGCAACUUCUAGAACGAACUAUAUUAGUGCUACUAGAAUCUACUACAACUGAAGUAUCUCAGACAAUAUCAGAUUUUUGUCCUAAUCUGUCUCCACAGCAACUUCAUGGUAUUAAAUUAGCCAUUCGAUAUGGAGAAAGUCUGGGAUUAUUAUCAGAGGAUGUCGAUAAUGCUGGAAAUCUUGAAUGGCUUUUAAAUCAAGUCUCAGCAUUGCUACAAGCAAAACAGCAGCUACAUUGCAAACUUAAAUGUCUUCAAAGUAACUUCAAAGUGUUUGACUGGUUUGUUGCUUCCAUCUACCUCGUAUUUCAAGGAAAUAAAGAACAAGCUUUGAAGUUAUUAACCAAUAUAUCUCGUUUAACAAUAUCGAAGUUUCUAUGGCCAGUUUAUUCUCUAAUGGUGGUUGAACCCAUAGCAAGUGAGAUAUCUGUCCUUUACUCAACAACAGCUCAUUAUGUUGAUUUCCUAUUACAAAUUGAGUUGCCACUUGUAGCAGCUGCCUUUACAAUGUCUGGAUUUUCUUCUAUUCAGGUUUGUCAGCAAUGGCUCCAGCAGUGUUUCUGGAAUUAUUUAGAUUGGUCAGAUAUUGUACACUACAUAUGUACAUGCUGUGUUCUUGGAGCUGACUACCAAAUCUAUUUAUGUAUUGCAAUUCUUCAUUACCUGCAGACAGAAAUUCUCAGUCGUGCCCAGCAACAAACCUUACUUAUAUUCCUCAAGGAAGAACCAAUUCGUGGAUUUCAUAUCUGUCAUUAUUUGAAUUUUAUGAAAAAGUUGGAAGUCACUUACCGAGACCUGCUUCUGUCCGAAAUGUGUGUUGAAAGAACCAAUAGUAAGAAAAAUGAUAUCAAAUAAUUUGACUUCGAAUUGCAAUGACAAUUCAGAAUGGUUCAUAAGUCAUUUUAAAUUAUUCUAUGGCCAUUGUUUCAACUAUGUCGGUCAGUGAAAACUCAUUGGAAAGAAAAAGUUCAAAGAAUAAAGGGCUGUACAGCUAAAUACAGAUUUAUCAUCAUGUCAGUAUGAUGAUGAUUUCUUUUCAGAAAGAUCUCAUGGAAAUUAUCUUUUUGUUUAAUUUCUGACACUGAUUGGCACAAGGCUGUACAUUUUAGAGGAGGUGGUUUAGUCCAUUGAAAAGAUACCAUUUCAAUGUCUUUAUGUUGUUUCAUAUAUGUACAUAGCAUUUGAUGACAUAUUUUAUCUCCAAAUAUUAGUGAUGAGGUUAAAAACCACCCCUCUAAAUCUUUUCAUGAAUUCUAACAAAUAAUUUAAUUUAAGCUUAUAUAAAGUGAUGACUGAAAGAAAUAUUUAUGAUAGUAUAUGUAUUUGGAAUUUUGGGGUUAGUGCUCUUAACAUUCUGAACUGAAAUCCCUCCAAAUUGUGUGAAUUGGCAGAUCUUCUUCUACAACACGGCAUGUUGCUAAUUAUCAUGGUCCUUUCUCAUUUCCUUUGUGAAAUCCAAUAUCUCGCAUUCCAUCCACUUUCAAUGCUUUGCACUUCUUUAUAUGACUGUCAUUCUUUAUAUGUCCAUUCUCUUUGUCUUUUCUCAUACUCUGCAUCAGAUUCCUUUUGUAUCCAGUUUUUCUCUCUGUGUACUUCAAUUCUGUCAUUCAUGUACACCAAAAUUACACAUCCAGCAGAGCAUACUCACUUCAGUUCUUUCUAGUCUUCAUAAAUCUUCUGCAUUCAAAACCCACAGCUUGUUUCCAUGCAACAUUGCUUUCAUACACAAUCAUCUUACAAUCUGCUCUUUGUUCUAACAGAGAAGUUCUUUGUUAUCAGCAGAGAUUAUAGCUCCUGAGAAUGACAGGCAGAGUCUACAUACUUCAGUAGGAAUCUGAACUGAGAUUGUAAAGGGACAGGAUGUUUAAUCUAACACUUUACCAUUUCUGCCAUUCUACCUACCUAAUACUCCUAAUAAUAGACACAAGGCCAUAAAUUUGCAGGGAGGAGUUAGUUGACUGAAUCAACUCCAGAAUUUGACUAGUACUUUAUUUAUUAACUCCAGAAGGAUAAAUGGCAAAACUGACUUUGACAGGAUUUGAACUCAAAAUGUAAAGAGCUGGAAAAAAUGUUGCAAGGCAUUUUAUAUGACAUAGUAACGAUUCUGCCAAUCUACUACCCUGGCAUUUAUAAUAAUAUUUCAAAUUUUGGCACAAUGCCAGCAAUUUUAGGGGAAGAGCAAAUCAAUUACAUCAACCCUAGCACUUGACUGG